AUGCAAGAGAUUUUAACUGAAGAUUCUGAGCCUGAGAUUGAAAGCGAGCCAAUUCCCCUAAAUCGAGAGACCUUGGAUUCUGAGGCAGAUGAGAGCUCAGCUGGAUCUCCUGGCCAAGGAAUCUCAACUGAAAAUUUUGAAGCAAGCGAGCCUGUCGAAUUUGAGCCUCAUCCGCCAGGAACCCCUGGUAGAGAGCUAAUGGCUCCUGGGUUUGAAGACAUCUCGACUAUCGGCCCAAUGCAAAAGAAAAACAUCAUCUCAGGACCUGAUCCUGUCAACGGUAUUCUUGAUGUCUGGUUUUCCUCUGAGAAGUCAGUCAUUGUAUUAUAUCUUUUUGAGUCUCGCGCUUAUUGUAAAUUUGAGGUUGGAGCGGGUCAGAGUUUAAAAGACACUCUUGAAAAUCUCAUGACUGACCACUUUUUUUUGGUCAUUGAUGAUUAUGGUGUACGUGCUCUGGACCUAAGAGAUGUCUAUCAAAAAGCAGUUGGUGAGAAGCUACUGUUAGUAGCAAGGAAAGCAAAGCCUACCAAAAGAAAAAGUGGCACAGAGCCUACGAGACCUGCAGAUAUCGAUAGUAUUCACACCAUUCGUACUUGGUAUUUUCUCAGCCAUGGUAAAACCGUGAUAGGCAAGCGAAAAAGAAAGAACCAGACAAGACGUGAUCGAGAAGUGCGUAUUAGGAAUGGGCACUCGAUACAGCAUCCCCCUAAACGAAAAAGAGUGGAUGCAAGUCUAAUGGGCUCUGUGCAUUCUAGCGAUUCAGAACUCUGA